GGGAUAAAAUCGAAUGGUGGGAACACAAACUGGAGGGAAAAGAUCGCUUCCAUCCUAUCGAACUACAUGUCCCACCAGGCCUUGCGGUCCAAGAGGUGGGCGGGGCGAUUGUCUCGACCUUGGGGUUUGACGUAGAGCAACAUGGCGAACCAGGAGCCGAAUCGCUUAGCCCAGCUCCUGAGGGAUCUGGCAGGUCGGAUCUCUUCGGGUGGCAAAGGGGCAGGAUUAGGACUGAAGCUGUUACUUGGAGCUGGAGCUGUGGCAUAUGGCAUCAAAGAAUCCACGUACACAGUGGAGGGUGGUCACAGAGCCAUCAUCUUCAACAGGAUAGGAGGGAUGCAGAUGGACACCGUUUUGUCUGAGGGGCUACAUCUGAGGAUCCCAUGGUUCCAGUACCCUAUCAUCUAUGAUAUCCGAGCCAAACCAAGGAAGAUCUCCUCUUUGACUGGUAGCAAAGAUCUGCAGAUGGUGAACAUAGCGGUGCGUGUGUUGUCUCGACCUCUGGCCUCCAACCUGCCUAUCAUGUACCAACAACUGGGGAAGGACUACGACGAGAAAGUCCUGCCCUCCAUCGUCAACGAGGUCCUCAAGUCUGUAGUGGCGAAGUUUAAUGCCUCGCAGCUCAUCACACAGAGAGCACAGGUGUCCUUGCUGGUGCGACGGGAGCUGUUUGAGAGAGCCAAAGACUUCAACAUCAUCCUGGAUGACGUGGCCAUCACUGAGCUGAGCUUCAGCUCUCAGUACACUGCUGCUGUGGAGGCCAAGCAAGUCGCUCAGCAGGAGGCCCAGAGGGCCCAGUUCUAUGUGGAGAAAGCUAAACAGGAUCAGAGACAGAAGAUCAUCCAGGCUGAGGGAGAGGCUGAAGCUGCCAAAAUGCUGGGCAUGGCAGUGACUAGGAACCCAGGUUACCUGAAGCUGAGGAAAAUCAGAGCAGCACAAAAUAUCGCAAAGACGGUGUCAACAUCACAGAACAAGAUCUACCUGAAUGCUGACAGUUUGGUCCUGAACCUACAAGAUGAGACAUUUUUGAAGAACUUGUCAAUGGGCCGAAAGAAGUGAUCAAGAGGACACAGAGAGGAGCAGCAGAACUGUCUUUUAUUAUCUGAACACAGAGAAACCAACAUACAUGACUGUGGACACGUGUGAAUGUGGGCGACAAAAAAAAAAAGCCUUUUCUUUUAGUUUUUGUUUAGUUUUUUACACUGGCAUUUUUGGAGUGACCUGUGUUAUUAUCCCUGAUUAUGGAAAAAUGAAAUGGAAAGGUGAGGCUGUUCAGUGGAGUCUUGAAUAAGAAUUAAUCCAAAAGUCAGAAUCAGAAUUAUGAAGCAGAUCAGUGUCUUAUGUCAGGAGAAGCUGCAACACUGUCUCUAGUGCCACUCUGCCUCCUUCUGGUGCUUCCAGGUAUGACGUGGCUCCACGUCUCCACCUGGAGCUGCUGUUCCAGGUGUUCUCUUAUGUGUAUGCAGUCAUGCAGUAAAACACUAAAUAUGCAGGCAUCAGUGUUGACAGACCAAGUUAAUGCAACCUAAUUUAUCUGUUAAGAAUAUCUGUAAUAAACAUUUUGUUAUAAUAAA